GUGGUGAGGCAGACCAAAGCAUUCCAUCCAUUCUUCCCUGAGCAUAGCAGCAGCACCGAGCAUUCGACCCGACACUUUACGAUCUAUACGCCCAGAAUCCCGAAAUCGCAGUAUCGCGAAAUCCUAGAAUCCCAGAAAUCACACAAUCAUGCCUGUCGGAACCAUGAGCUUCCCGCUUCAUCUCGGCAAAAUUCCAGAGGGCAUGACGUUCACGGUGACAGGAGUCAAGCCCGUCGUCCCGGCUGGCGACUGGUACGCAUACACGAACCUGGCGAAAUUCCCCCACGUCGUGGACACCAGCGGGCCGAACCCUCUAAUCGGCGGAUUCUCCCUGAGCACGACGGGGAUCACGCAGCACGGCUCUGGGCCGUACUUCGAAGUGAGCUUCACUGUGUCCGGCAAGAGCCCCAACGGCGUUGAGAGUUCUCGCGACGGGCACCUUACGAUCUCGACCUCGGACUGGGGCUUCAUUGAGCGGCCGGACCAGGGGAUCAUAACGUUCGGGUUCGAUGGGUCUGCGGCACACACGCACAUGUUUGAUACUCCCACGCUGAGGUACCUCAACGAUGUGCACCUCCUCGUAGAGUACUUCCCUUCCGAGACCGCUGUGGGAAUGACGGUCACCUCCGAUGCGACUAUGAUCUCGAAAAUAUGUGAUGUGGCCCUCGGUGGGAUCUUCUUGGCGCAUGAAAAGGCUGCUUCUUGGGCCGUGGGUAAGGUGUGGUAGUGGAGCGGUUCGGAAUGGUCUUGUUCGCUUCCCUCGGGGGAUCCAACAGAGGGGGCGGCGGUGGCGGGCGGACGGUCACUUAUUUUCAUUAUUCGUUCGUUAUUUUGAUUUUCUGUGGAGCGUCAGGCGGUUUUUUUUCUCGCUGUCUUGUGGUUCGUUUUUCGGGCAAACAUACACAAAUGCCAUCAUUUUCACUCAUCUACUGAAAUGCAAUCGUUUCCACUCUUCCG